CGCCCCUGUCCCCCAGCCCAGGACUGCUGUGCUGCCCUGUCUGUCUCGCUGUCCGGGCUCCGCUCCCGGGUCCCGUGGCCCCGUCCUUGCCCCGGCAGCCUCGGCUCCUCUCUCCCGUCUCUUCUCCGCCGGCCGGCUGGCGGCGGGCGGGGAGCGGCCGGGGGAUCUCAGCUGUGUGACCUGGGCCGCGGAGAGGCCUCUGGCGUAGCCCGGAGCCUGUGUCUGACAGCCGGUGUCCGAGGUCAAUGCUUUCCUCCUAGACCCUCGCUCUCUUUCACUGUCCCUCGGGGUAAUGCUGUUGUGCGGACAAGCACAUUGAGAGAGUCUAGAAAAUGAAGCUAAAAGAAAUUGAGCGAACAGCUGUGCAGGCAUGGAGUCCGGCAAACAACCACCCUAUUUACCUAGCAACAGGAACAUCUGCCCAACAACUGGAUGCAUCCUUCAGUACAAGUGCCACCUUGGAAAUAUUUGAGGUUGACUUCAGGGAUCCCUCCCUGGAUAUGAAGCAGAAAGGAGCACUUCCUGCCUCAAACAGGUUUCAUAAGCUGAUCUGGGGGAAUUUUGGGAAUGGAUCUGCGGAGUCCUCUGGGGUGAUCAUUGGAGGGGGGGAUAACGGAGUCCUGACGAUGUACAGCGUGCACCGCGUCUUGGCUUCAAAGGGCGACCCUGUCAUUGCACAGACAGAGAAGCAUUCAGGUCCUGUUCGAGCCCUUGACUUCAACCCUUUCCAGAAUAAUCUCUUGGCUUCCGGAGCCAAUGAUUCUGAAAUUUUCAUCUGGGACUUGAAUAAUUUCAGUGUGCCUAUGACUCCGGGGACUAAAUCACAGCCGCAUGAAGACAUCAGUGUGGUGUCCUGGAAUCGGCAGGUGCAGCAUAUCCUGUCCUCUGCUCACCCCAGCGGCAAGGCUGUGGUUUGGGACCUCAGGAAGAAUGAGCCCAUCAUCAAAGUCAGUGACCACAGCAACAGAAUGCAUUGCUCAGGAAUGGCCUGGCAUCCAGAAGUUGCAACCCAGCUAGUCCUUUCCUCUGAGGAUGACCGUUUGCCAGUGAUCCAAAUAUGGGACUUACGCUUUGCUACCUCUCCUCUUAGCCAGCUGGAAGGGCACACCAGGGGAGUUCUCUCUGUUUCUUGGUGCCAGGCUGACCCUGAACUGCUGUUGAGUAGUGCCAAAGACAACCAGAUCUUGUGCUGGAACCCAAGUACGGGGGAGGUGGUGUAUGAGUUGCCCAUUCGGAGUCAGUGGUGCUUUGAUGUCCAGUGGUGUCCCAGGAAUCCUUCAGUCUUCUCUGCUGCCACUUUCGAUGGGUGGAUCAACAUUUAUUCUGUUAUGGGCGGGAACUUAGAGGCUCAGCAGAAGACACAGGCUGACAAGAUCUCUUCCUCCUUCAACAACCUGGAUCCCUUUGGCACAGGACAGAGCCUUCCUCCUCUGCAGGUGCCAGAGCAAGUAACUCAGACCACCUUGAUUCCACCAUUAAAAAAGCCACCCAAGUGGAUUCGCAGACCUGUGGGGGUUUCAUUUGCAUUUGGAGGAAAACUGAUUACCUUUGGUCUAACCAAAGCUCCUGGACAGCAAAUGCAGCAGACUUAUCCACACCAGGUAUUCAUCAGUCAAGUCACUACUGAAACUGAAUUCCUACUCCGAUCCAGAGAGCUGCAGAUGGCCUUGCAGUCCGGGAACCUCCUUGAUUACUGCCAGGGCAAGAUCCAGACAGCCAAGUUGCCAUUUGAUGAGAACCUUUGGAACUUCUUGAAGGUGAAUUUGGAGCAGGAGUCCAGGACUAAACUUCUCAAGCUGCUGGGCUACAGUAAAGAGGAUCUGCAAAAAAAGAUUGCCUUAUGUUUGAGUAACGGGAUCCCAGACAAACAGCCCCUUCCUGAAGCAGGUGAUACAAAUACUGCACCAGAUCAGCUUUUGAUGAAUUCCAGCGAUGAUGUAGCUGCUGUUUCUUCCUCUUCAGCCUUUUUUGAUAACCUCAUCCCACAGAACAUGAGCACAUUGGAGAUUCCUGUCACAGAAGAUACAGAUGGACUCAUCAGCCAAGCCCUUUUGUUGGGGAAUUUUGAGGGUGCAGUGGAGCUGUGCAUGCGAGCAGAGCGCUUUGCUGAUGCCAUCAUCUUAGCUAUAGCUGGUGGGGAUAACCUCCUAAAGGAAACCCAGAAGCGCUACUUUGCCAAGCAGAAAACAAAUCUCUCCAUGCUGCUUUCCUCCAUUGUGCAGCAGAAGUGGCAAGAUAUUGUUUGCACAUGUGAUCUGCAGAGCUGGAAGGAGGCACUGGCCAUCUUGUUAACAUACUCAAAGCACGAAGACUACACUCAGCUCUGUGACAUGCUGGGUGCCCGCCUGGAGUCAGAGGGAGAUGCAGCCCUGUGCAAUGAUGCCUGCCUCUGCUAUAUCUCAUCAGGCAAUGUGGAGAGGCUGGUGGAAUGCUGGGUUAAAAACCAUGAGACUUCAUCACCACUUGCCCUACAGGAUCUUAUAGAGAAGGUGAUGGUGCUGAGCAGGUCCAUUGAGAUGCUCCGAGGCACCGCAGGACCAGCACCAGGCCCUGUCUUGGCAGAACGAAUCACCCAGUAUGCCAGUCUCCUGGCAUCACAAGGAUGCUUGGCAGCUGCAAUGAAUUACCUACCCAGCAGCUCUAAAGAGCUCCUGAUUGAACAGCUCCGAGACCGGCUCUUUCAUGCUCAGGGAGGGAAUGUGGGUGAUCAGCAGCCACCUCCUUUUCCCUACACUCGUGUCAAUGUGGGGGUCAUUAAACGCACAGCAGCCAAGGGUGGUUCCAUCCCUGAAGGAGCAGCCCACACAGCAGGUCCCAGACAUCCAGAGAAGCCCAGCUAUCCAUCAUCGUUUGCCCCUUCAGCACCAUCUCAGCCUUCAGUGCCUUCCCUCUUCACACCUCAGCCAGUGCCAGCAAUGCCUGUGACACCUCACCACAUUGCCCCUCCCCAGGCUAGCACGGGUCCACAAACAAGUGUCUAUUCCAGAGGGCACCCAUAUCCACAGUACAACUUGGGCUUGAAUCCAGCAACUGUCUCAGGGCCAGCUGUGUCACAGUCUCAGCCAUUUGGACCAGUGGGAGUUAGACCUGUUGGUCCUGCUCCUUUCUCCAGCCAGCCCUCUCUGCCAGGACAGUUGAUGCCCAUGACAUCGCCUGGUGUUCCACCACCCAGACCUGCCCUCUUCCCUCCAGCCUCAGUCCCAUCAUCUCAGCUUCCUGCAGCUUGUCCUCUCCCUGUGGCAAGCCAGUCUCCUCUAGACUUCUCUUCAGCACCUUUCAACUGCCCCAUGAACAUGGGUUAUCCUCAGGGAGGUCCUGGAGCUCCGUCUACUAAACCACUGCCAGCAGCCAUUCCUCCUCCUCCCACAGGUUUCUUCCCUUGGCUAGAUCCCCACACGGAUCAUGCAGCUCAGGAAUCUUGGAGUGAUCCCUCUAGUGGAAGAGGAGGCCUUCCAAAGAAAAAGUUGCCUGAGAAAUUUACUCCUCUGGCCCCCAUCACAGCUCCAGUAAUGGGUGUGCCUGCUGAACCCCAAGGGAUCCAUCCUCAGCUAUCCAGGUUGCAAGAAUCUGGCCAGUCACCCCCAGGAGCACCCAAGGAAGGCAGCCUACAGUAUCACCAGCUACCUAGGGAAAGCAUUGAGAGGAAGGAGCUGCCCCCUGAGCACCAGGCUUUGAAGACUGCAUUUGAAGGGUUGGUGCAACGCUGCUCGGCUGUUGCCACUGAUCCAAAAACGCGAAGGAAGCUGGAGGACGCGCUGCAGCGGCUGGAGUGUUUGUAUGAGAAGCUGCGCGAGCAGGCGCUCUCUCCAACCAUCCUCAUGGGUCUCCACGAAAUUGCCCGAUGCAUUGAGGCUAAGAACUACCCACAGGGUCUCCUGGUUCACACACAAGUUGUGAGCAGCAGCAGUUUCAGUGAGGUGUCUGGUUUCAUGCCCAUCCUGAAAGUCCUCAUGACCAUAGCAGGCAAGCUGAAUGUGUAAAGUGUGGAGCAGCUGGAACAGUGCACACCAGGAGCUGGUGGACUGCCUCACCUGUUGAUGUGCUGCAGGUUGUGGACUCUCCUUCUGACUUUGGAGAAAUAGGUCUGUGCCAGUGCCUGGAACUGUGCUAAGCCAGCACACCUGGCCCCAUCUACUUUCCAGACAGCCCACUGGUGCCUGCAGCUCCUGGAGAAUGUUUUUUCUCUCUUCUUUCUUACUGGUCUGAGGCCACUUUUCAGCCCAGGGAUCUCAAUUUCCAGCUGUCCAGGUUGCACAGGGAUCCUUCUUCUUCCCUAUAUCUCCAGCACAAAAGGGAAAAUCUUUCCCUUUUAGGCUGACAUUGCUUUUUACUUUUCAGGAAACAAACAGGGCUGGUACCUGCAGCACCACCACAGAACAGCCUCAAGCUCUAUUCCCUGCUGCAGAGUAAACUUCCUCAGUGGUAGCUGGGCUGCUUUGGGAACCUAGGCUGGUGUGUCCUCACUCUGCUGGGCUGCAGCAAGGAUUUCUCCUGGCUCCUUCUUUCUCUUCAUUCUCAUCCUUGACUCACCCUUUCACCCCUCUGCACCCAUAUCCUGCUACAGCUGGGACUAACUACUAGUCUACUCAAGGCCAGCUUUGGUUCUCUUUCUUCUUUACCCAGCUCUCUUGUUUUUAAAAGUCAAGUCUCCUGUUUACCCUCUAUCCACUUUCCUUUAUAUCUUUUCCCCCAUCAUCUGCAGGCUCAAGCCCAUAAUGUUUCAGAUCCAGGGAUGAUUUCCUUUCCAGUUCCUGGGACUCUCCCAUUCAGGAAUGUAGGCAGGUUGCGCUCUGUGCACUUCUCCCCAGAGCCAGUUGCAUCCUGUCUUGGGGCUAAAAGCUGCCCUUUCUGGCUCCUGGCCUUUUUCACUUCUUUUACUUAAGCACUGCUGGACUUUUACCUACUGGUAUUAUCGACAGGCUUCCUACUUCAGGUUUUUCAGAUGGCCUAGGGACUUUAAGAGCAGCAGGGAUUGUUUAAGUCCCAUAAAGAUUUCCCUUGAGCUACCCUGCCCAGCCCAGACUUGAGCAGGGAGAGACAGCUCAUUGCUACAGGUAUGGUGCAUUCAUACUACCUACAGUUACAGAUACAUGCAAAGGUAGUUCUCAAAGGCCCAUUGGCACUCUGGUGGUAGGAAUACGCUGCAGGAGGUGAUCUUGUCAGGACUUGAAGGUAUGGAUUGUGCUGAGACUUGUCAUCACUGUGGCAAUUCCUCUGGAAGUAGAUGAAUGAAGCAUAUCUGUCCUGAGGAAGAAGUCUGGGAAGGUAGAUGGGAUUUUAGGGCACAUCUUUGUGUGUGUUUAUUUCCCUCCCUUCCUCCCUCUUUGCCUGCUCUCUCAACAUCCUUCUUACUAACCAGGCAGCAUAAUCAUUGAUCCAUAGCCGAGAGCAAGGCUUAUUCCCAAGAUUUGGAUGCAGCCAGCCCCUAUUUGCUCUGCUUGCUGCUUGAGUGAUAAUGCUAUCGUGGGCCUGCAGUUCAGUGACAUACACAAAUCAACCUAGUCUACCAUGAGACUUAGGAGGGAGGAGAAUCAGAGAAGGGAGGAAGAGGACAUGUCUCAUUCACUCCUUUCCAGGUCAAAGUGCCUCCUUGUUGCUGCUGUGUUGUUUCUAUUGCUGCGGUUUGAUGCACUGAGAAAUUACAGAACAGUGAAAUAAAAGCUGUGUUUUGUGAUGCUUUUUUUUCAGAGGCUUGCUACCUCUGGCUGCAUGGGACUUCCUCAGUCUGCAUGGCCACCCACAGAGGGGGCAGCUGAGAACCGUGUGGGGCAAACCAGAUUUUGGGCUCUGCUGCUAUGGGUGGCAUCCAUCCUGGUGUGCUGAGACCUCAGGUCUUAUGCCCUCUCUAAGGCUGCAGGGUCAGAGCACUGAUCUCCAGAUCACCUGCACCAGUUGUGACUGUUCAUCUGCAUCAGACACAAGAAGGCCCUAAACUCAGGUUCUCUUGGGGAAUCUCAGCCGUGUUUGAGAUUUUGCACUUGACAUAAAGAGCUGGAAGUAUGUCAGUAAGUAAACAGAGAGCCCUUGAUGACAUUGUCUCCCAUUGGAAAUAAAUGUUACACCACUGAAGCCAUGCAGCUUGAACUAGGAUAAGGAUUGGACCUGUGUGAAAAUUUAUACCCUUGAAUUGUCAGUUCUUAUCAUUAGUUAAUAACUUAGGAAUCUGUUGGCUGAUUUCAUUUAAUCUUUUAAGGAUGUAAGAAGGGCUAAAUGGAAACAUAGUACUGAGAUAAAGGUGGGGGAAUCAAACUUCUUUCUUACAAAAGAAAGAAAUUCUGAUGUAAUUUUUUUUUCUGUCAGCUAGCUAGUAUGUAUGGACAACCCUUCCAGUCAGCACACAUGAAACUCUGAAAUAUGAAGACUGUAUUACACGGCCCAAGGUUGGAGGACUUGGGAGGAAGCAAAGGUUUGAAAAGAUUGUUUGAAUGGUAAAAAUUUGAAGGGCUGUUGCUGAGAAGGGCCCAGGGUUUCUGAGAGUUGCGGGUGUUAGGGACACAACACAUGCAUUCAAGGAAAACAAGCCUUUUGUAGUUCUGCUGCUGGCAGAGGCAAACACCCAGUGUGAAGGAGUCUUGAAGAGCUUUUGGUCUGGAGCAGUUAGCAAACAGCUUGGCUAAUAGCUGUCCCCCAGCAGGAACAAGCAAAGCUGAUUUUCAAAGGUAACACUGACGCAGCAUCAGAAUGGUGUUAUCACACAGGUAGCUCCGGUGGCAUACAUUUGUUUAAUGAGUGUAUAAGGGAAGUCCCAGGUUUCUGAGAUCACUUAACAAGCCUGGCAUUUCUUAGAUUCUGCCUUUUUGGAUUCAGUUAUGGUACACUUUGCACUCCAGCCCUUUGCUCUCUUUAACUCAGGCCACUUCUACUGCUGAGAAAUAAUCACAGAUUUUCCACGUAUCUCUCAGAUACAUAUGACAUUAGUUCCCUCCAGCACGCAUAGCUGCUGCUACCGGGUACUUGUGCAGAGACUGGCUGUUUAUCCUGCCUUUGAUGUGAGUUCUUCACACCUGCCCCUCUGUUGCUCUGUCUUGCUUCAUGUUUACCCCUGUAAGCACCAUCCCUGAAGCUCUUUGCUUUGAAAGCAAGCAGAGGGGGAAGUGAGAUGAGUCGCUUGAAAGUCUUGGAGAGGCUGGGGGCAGAGGCCCUGUCUCUGCAGCCCUGGUGUGGUAUAUUACCUUUCAAACCCCGCUGGAAAGUGCUCCUCCGUUUAUAGCACCAUCUCUGCUGGCUGGCAGUAUCCCAGGGCAGUGAGCAUUGCCCCCUCCCGUGUGGGCACAUGGCUUCACAACAACCGGGCACCAGAGAAAGCAUUUUCAGUUGGGUGAGAAGGCCUUUGGGUUGACAAAGAAUUUGGGGGGGAAGGGGGCAGCAGGAAAGGAUCCCUGGGCACAGAGAACAGAGCUCUAAUCCCGUAGCAGAUAACAUCAUGUCUGCAGGCUAGGCUUGUGUGUGUUUGGGGGAGCUGGAGGGGCAGAGAUUGUUAGGCAGUAUUUGUUUGUAAAGCCACUUGCUCUGAAGAUAAUGCUUGCACUAACUUCUAUUGAGGGAGCAGUGUGAGUCCCCACAAAGUCCUUUCCCAAAGUGUCUUUGAAGCCAAGAACCCAUUGAAAGGAAGAAAGGCCAAGAGAGGGGAUUAGUUUGUUCAGCAGCUGUGAAUUUCAGUGGGAGGCUGAUGAACUCCAAAGUCUUUGUUGAGAUGUUUUUUGUAAGGAGCCCUGCUGGAGGGAGAGACCCACACCGGGGCCGCGGCCUUAGACAAGAAGGAAUCUGAAACGGCGGGGAGCUGUAAACGGGCCACAAGGACUUUUCCCAAACACUUUUCGGAAAAGGUGUUGUAAAGAGAUCGGAGGGGGAUUAGCAUGUGAAAUGACACUUUCCAUUGACUCCACUGAGGGGAGGGGAAAAGGGCUGGCUGGCUGAUUUAUUAGCAUUUUGUUCCCUUCUCUAUUCUGCUCCCCCAGCAGCCCCCCCUCCUCCCGAGCCCUCUAAAGAGGCUCGGAUUGGAAAAGGGAGCGGGGGGCUGCCUGUUUGUGUGUCAUCUGGGCGAAGGUGACCACCUGGGAAGCUGAAUGUAAAUAUUUCUCCUCUGAGGAAUGCGCCUUCAUUAAACCGAAAUGAAUACAUGGAAGCAUCCAAUCCUGCCCACAAUGGCAGCAGGGCCUUUACCGCUGCGGGCUCCGUGCGCCGGGAGGGGGGACCCGCUGCUGAGGUCAGCACAUUCUGCAGCUGCGGUGUCGCCGUUUCCCGGCGGAAGCAGCGUGUGGCGGCGGGGCUCUCACUGAGUGCCCCACAUGUCCCCUUCGGCAGCGGCUGUGCCACGGCCUUCGCGGGCAGCACUGUGGGGCAGCAGUGUCAGCAGGGGACGGAUGGAGUGCGAGUGGGAGGAAGAGGGAAGCGGCUUCUGCAGCUUUUCCAGCUGACUGUGGAACUGGGAGAGCCAGCAGGAAAAGAGAGGCCCAUGCUGGAGCUUUCCCUGGUGGCUGAGAGGCUCUUGCUUCCUCUUUCCUUUCCUGGCCAACCACAGGGACAUGGGGGAGCUGCUGCUGGGGACGCAAGAGACCUUCAGCAGGGUCACUGGCUAGUAAGAGCUUCUGUGCAAACAGUGGUGGUUUGUGUGUGAAGUGGAAGUGUUUCAGUUUUCCCUGAGAAUGGGCCAAGGUUUGUUGCAAUUUUUGAAAGGCCAGAUUCUUGCUUGACCAGAAUGCUCUUGCUCUCAUGAGACCCUAGGUCCAAAUUCCUGAUCCCUGUGAGGUAGUCUUAGAAUCAAGGGACUAAUUGAUAAUGAAGACAAAUGCAGGCUGCUGAGUGUCUUUAAUAUAUCUAUGAUGUAGUGGGCACUGGGCCCUGCCUGCUGCCCUCCCACCCCGUUUCCUCCUGGCAGUUGCAUUGCAGUUGGAUGCAUCCUCAGGCAAGCUCAGGAGAGAGCACAUCCUUUCCCCUCGUGGUAGGAGUUGAGAUUGUGCUGGCUGGAACUGGCUAGAUCUUCCUGGGCUCAGAUGGGUAAGCAGUGUGUUUUAACCUCCAGGACACUUAAAUUUCUACAUACACAUGCAAAAUGGGACGAAAGAACACCCAGCCACUUAGACACAACAGCAUUUUGCAAGCACUUGGCUACUGAUUUAUUGCAUUGGCUAUUGGUUUACAAAUAUUGGCUACAAGAUGGCUCUAAUGGCCAGUAACAGCUCUGCUGGCUUCUUGUCUGGCUAAAGGACACUUCAAUCAGCAAAGUAGGCGAUCUUAUUGCAGCACAGAGGAAGAUUGCUGUGAUGGUGCAGUGAGCUUCCCCAAAUCCUGCAGCUGGUAGCUUCUUACCUCCCUCCCCUAGCCUCAGCAAGGGAACAGAGAUGCAUCAACCAAAUCUUCCUGCUGCUUGCUUAGCCUAUAGAAUAUAUACAAUAAGUGGUAGAGGAAAAACUGUUAUGUAUACAUCACAGUAACUGUGCAAUAAAUUAAACUUCAAAGUGCUUCACUUUCCUAUUUACACCACCA